AUUCUGUACCGAUGUUGCAGUCCAAAUCACCAAGCCCGUAACGCGCAUGUACCAUGAUGAAUUCACGAAAGACUCUGCGGGCAUAGCUCAUACAUUUCGUGUGCUUCCUGGGUCGGACUGUGGGACCCCUGUGCUCCUAACUCGAGAUUCUUGUCUGAGUAGUGUUCGGAGGCUGAUGAGUGGAUGUCCGAACGGUGGGAGGGGUACGUCCACGGUCAUGCUGUUGUCUUUGCACGGAUAUGCUACCAAGGCGUAGGAGGUCUUCUCUCGACAGGCGGACUCAAUUUCACUUAUCACCCCGACUGUCUACAGGAGCACUUCAACCCUGAUGGGCCUUGCAAUGCAGGUCUCCCGUCACCUCGUUUUCAACUAUUCACCCAAAGCGCCUGCGGGUCCGACCCUACGACGUUCCCAAUCCUCAUCCCUGAAUCCCGAUUCACCACGGUUCUGGAUCAUGAAUACGGGCUCCGGCACGUCCUUGAACUGGCGUGGAAAAAGGACUGUGGCGGAAUCGGCAAUCCGCACCUAGGCGACAGCUUCGGUACCAAAUACGGGACUCGAUUUGAGAUAGGCGGAGAUAGCUGCGUGGCGGCUUACAAGAUUCUGCAUUCAAGUACGAAUGGUGGCCACGGCGGCACACUGUCACGCGGAUGUAUCGAAUACUCCUACCACCCCGAGUGUACUACAAACCCGGACCCCCGAUGGUCAUGCCGACCAAGCACUUACAACAUCACCCUGACACGACAGGACGCUAGAAACUUAACAAGGUCUGCAUGUCAGCAGAGAGCCCAAGUUCCGAAAGAAGAGCGGUUGAUACGACCAGGUGGCGCCGAUGAAGUUUUGCAGUCAAGAGCAUGGAGACUUCAGAUGGAUUACGUGAACCAUCCGGAUCUCUCUUACACUCAACAAUCGAGCUGGCUACCAGGCUGUACUUUGAACAACAGCGACUUUGACCCUGGCUCACCGGAUUGUGAGGGGAUCUGGACUGCUCUAUGGGAUAGAUGUAACAACAGUUCAUAUAGCAGACAGGGCAAGGCGUCUUACAUCCAGGGAUGCAUGCGGUUUGAGCAAGAUAUCAUAGACCCUUGGGUGUCGGAGAGCAGGACCCUGUCUGCAGCAUUUCUUUUCAGGGAUUAGGCUUGUCUUUUAUUUCAACUUCAAAGCGAGUACAUAUCAUACAGCUUCCUGUUCUUUUCGUUCUCGUUUACGCUUAUUAUGUCCGGUCGCUGCCCUGGGUGUCUAUCGUGUGCCUCCCGACACUCUCCCAAUCAACACUGCCAGGUCCCUACUUUCUUAGUCAGGUACAUGUGAUUCACUAAUCGGAUCCAGGUGGAUGAAGUCAUCCGACACAAUGCUUCAACUCCACCCAUGACCGU